AUGGACCAUAAUACAAUAUUUGCAAUACAAUCUAUUCCAUCUAUUGUUAAUAUUAAUAAAUUUAAUCAACAUAAUUCAAGACUAAUGAAAACUGGUUAUAAACGGAUUAUACCAAUGUGUAAUGAAAUGAAUUUGAAGAAAAUGAAUCUUAUUGACAAUGAUAAUAAAGAUGAUGAUGAUUCUAUGGAAGAUCAAAGGAUUAAUAUUCCAAAUAAUAAUAUUCAACAACAACGACACCAUGAAGAACAAGAUGUAAUUACACAUCAAUCUGUACUACAUCGAAGUUUAGCUGAAUGUUUAAAACGUUUAUGUAAUGAAAUACAAAGUAAUCAUUUUCUACCAAUUACAAUGAAUGCAUCAAUUAAUAGUGAUACAAUUAACUCAAUUAACAAUGAUUAUUCAACUUGUAUAACUACACCUAUCACUACUCCUACUACUAAUGUCAAUACUACUAAUACUAGUACUUCAAUGUAUCCAACUCAAGCAUUAGACUUGAGUAUAACAUCGAAUAUUACAUUAAACGAAAGUAUAUCCAAUGAUUCAUUGAAUAUAACUAAUACAUUCAAAAAGAGUUUAUCACCUUCACCAACAUUAUCCUCAUACUAUUCAUUAAAUAAUAAUAAUAAUAAUAAUAAUAACUUUACUACACUCACUUUAUCUUCCUCAUCUUCUGAUUCAUCUACUUCAUUGAUGUCUUCAUUUUCAAAUAAUACUAUGCCGCAACAAGAACAGCAACAAAGAAACACAGUUAGUUUAACAAAUAUCACCAAUCAAACUGAUUCACUUAUAAAUAGUUUAAAUUAUGACACUAAUAAUAUUAAUACUAAUGUUAGUAGUAGUAAUGAUAAUCAUAGUCAACAACAAACUAUUCACUACGAUUCUCCGAAUAUUAUCAAUACUGGUAAGUAUUGUGGUAUUCCUAGUGUACUGGCAACUACUCAUAGUCUUAGGGACAGUAAUAAUAAUAAUAAUAAUAAUAAUAAUAAUAAUAAUAAUAAUAUAGAUUAUUGA